CUGUCUGCCACGCCCUCAUCGGCCACAAACACCACAGUCAUGACGGUCCCCGAGGAGGUCAGAUCUGGAGGGAGUCCUGAUCCACAGUACCUAUAGCAGCACAGGAUUCUGGGAGCUGAAAUGCUGCAAUCUAAUCAGGGACAACAGUGACUUGCAGAGGACUGCUCCCAAGACAAGCUGGCCAUGAGUCUGUUCAGUGUCCUCCUUCUGUGUUUUACCGUACUGCACACCACUUUCACCCAAGAUUAUUAUGACUACGGACCGACAGAGUGUAAGACAUCUGAGUCUAUCACUGGAGGCACGGUUGAAUACUCCGAUGGGGGAAAUGAAUUCAGUGUCCUCACAUACAAGUGUUCAUCUGGUUUUGUGCCCUACCCUGUGACCACCAGAAGCUGUACAGAUGGAGAAUGGUCCAUUAUGACAUCAAUCACCGGCACCCCUGUUGAUAGAGCUGAGUGCAAAAAGCUGGAACAAGACUCUGAAGAGGGUUCAAUGGAAGAAGAGAGGAACUGUUCCCUAUCGGAGACCAUCAGCAAAGGCCAAGUAUCCUACUCUAAAGGGGGCAUGAAGGGCAGUGUACUGACCUACACAUGCCCAGACAGCUACGCCCCUUACCCGGUCAGCCAGCGCGUGUGUGGGCCAGGCGGUAAAUGGACUCCUAUGAGACAGCCCAGCGGGAGGCCUGUGUCCAGAGCUACAUGUAAAGAAAUGUUGUGUCCAGCUCAGAUGCAGCUGGAUAAUGGGGACAUAACGCCCCGGCAGCAGUGGUUCAAGAUUGGAGAGAAUCAGACAUUCUCGUGUAACAGUGGCUACAACUUGGGAGGGUCGGCUGUGCGGACAUGUACUCCAUGGGGAGGCUGGACGGGGGAAACCCCUAUAUGUGACGAUCAGGCGGAUGAUUGCGCCAAUCCCGGUGUCCCACCUGGGGCCCAGCGGUCAGGCAAUCGUUUUCGGAUCGGGGACAAGGUGCAGUUCAGAUGUGACCUGAAACUCGAUCUGCUGGGCAGUGCUGAGAGAGUGUGUCUGGAGUCCAGGGAGUGGAGCGGAGCCCCGGCCCGCUGCCAGGCUUGGUAUGGUUUUGAUUCUCCCAACACCGUGGCCCAAGCUAUGGGAGGAUCCCUGUCAUCCAUCAUGGACUAUUCUUCUCCUGAGUUUAAAAAGAAAGCCAAAAGCUAUGGGAGGAUCUUGCAAGUAAAUAAAGGACGCCUCAAUGUAUUCAUUCUGAUGGACAACUCUGGCAGCAUCAGACAGGAGUAUUUUCAAGAGGCAAGGAGGGCAGUUGCCAGCCUUAUCCGCAAGUUGGACAGUUAUGAAGUCACCCUGAGAUUCCACAUAGUCUCCUUUGCCACCACGGCCAGAGUGAUCGUGAACAUUAAUAGUUUUGACAGUGACCAAGCAUCUCAAGUUCUGAGCAAACUUGAGAAAUUUAAAUAUGAAAGUCAUGGAAACAAAAAAGGAACCAACAUUCAGAGUGCUCUGAAGAGUGUUUAUGACGAAUUGUCAUUACUGAAGACCAGAAAUGUAGGAUUUAACGAAACCGCAAAUGUUAUUCUCAUUACAACUGAUGGUCAAUCAAACACAGGAGGCAGUACCAAGGCUGUACUACUUCAAAUUCGUGACCUGUUUGGUUAUACUUCACUCACAGAUCAUACAAAUGAAAACCUCCUUGAUGUGUACGUGUUUGGUGUCGGACAAGAUGUGAACAAGAAGGAGCUCAAUGACCUUGCAUCCAAAAAGAGGGGGGAAGAACACGUGUUCCUUCUGCAGGACUAUAAACAACUCGGAAAGGUCUUCAACAAAAUGAUCAGUGACAGGGCAGUGACAAUGUGUGGUGUGGCCAGAGAGGAGGAGGAGGGGAAAAAAAACUCCGCCGAGACAAGGCCUUGGCAUGUUCAUGUCAAAUGGGAUGGGAAAGUGUGCCAGGGCUCUCUACUUUCUCCAUUAUGGGUCCUCACAGCAGCCCACUGUCUGACUAAGCCCACUGUGAGCGGGGGCAAUACGAUUGCUGAUGCUAAAGAUGUGGAAGUUACAACUGGGACAAAUGAAAUUUUGAAAUCAGCAAACUUCACCAUACACCCACAAUACAAUGUUAGAGGGCUUCAAACCAAGAACGUGAAAGAGUUUUAUGACUACGACAUAGCCUUAAUAAAAAUGGAGAAGAAUAUAUCAGCAUCGUACCAGACAAGGCCUAUCUGUUUACCCUGCACUGUGCCCGCAAGUCGAGCUCUGAAAAUGGUCAACUCCACCUGUGCCCAGCAUAAAAAAACUCUAUUGGAUCUGAGCGAGACACAGGCCCACUUCAUGAGCAAGAAGCAUGAUGGGAUGAAACGGAUGCAGACCCACAUCCAGCUGGGUGAUGAGAGGCGGCCUGAGUGCCUCGAGGUGGUUAAGGGCACUUUCUCCAAGGACACAAAUGCCUCUGUGACUGAUGUAGUGACUGACAGGUUCAUGUGCACCGGAGGAUCAAAAGCACACACAGAUGAUCUAUCUUGUCAAGGUGAUUCGGGAGGUGCUUUGUUCCUUCGUAAAAGGAUGCGUUAUUUUCAGGUCGGAGUUCUCAGUUGGGGCACUAUUGACGUUUGUAAAAACAACGUAGGAAAAAACCCUCUGAACGCUCGGGACUUCCACAUCAGCCUCUUCUCCUUGAUGCCCUGGCUUCGGAAACACCUCCACCAGGACCUGGCAUUCCUGCCCCCUGGGAACUGACCUAGACACAGAUGGGAAUAAGGCAAGGGCCAUGCUGGUGCAAAGCAGACCACAGAUUGUGGAGCUCUUAGAUACUAUUAUGUCAUGUAAAGUGGGCUAUUUAAAACACAGCCUUGUCAGUUAUAAAAAAGGUACUUUUAUGUACCAAUGUACAUGACAAAAAAAUGAAUCUUCUGUUAAUGUUUCCUUCAGGGAAGGUCAGUAGUCAAAUAGUCGUCCUUAUUUUUUUUUCUACUGGCAACAAUAAAUUCAUAAUGAAUGA